GUAAUAUAUGAGUUGAAGUAUUGGACUUGAAGAUUUUUACACCCAUUUUCACACUCAUCUUCACCAACCCUCAACACCCUCUCUCUCGAAUCUCAUCAGCAGAAAGGAACACCCAUAACAAGAAUCAAAGAAGAAGAUUUGGUAUCCAAAGAGAGAGAAAAAUAGGUGACUUUAAUGGCUAUGAUGUUAGACAACUCAUGUGAAGGAGGGAUACUGUUGUCGUUAGACUCCCACAAAGCAGUGCCUGCUCCUUUCCUCACCAAGACUUACCAACUGGUUGAUGAUCCGUCCACCGACCAUAUCGUCUCCUGGGGUGAAGAUGACACCACCUUCGUCGUCUGGCGCCCACCUGAAUUCGCACGUGAUCUCCUUCCGAACUACUUUAAACACAACAACUUCUCGUCCUUCGUCCGCCAGCUUAACACCUACGGUUUUAGGAAAAUAGUCCCGGACAGAUGGGAGUUUGCAAAUGAGUUCUUCAAGAAAGGAGAGAAGCAUUUGCUGUGCGAGAUCCACCGCCGGAAAACAUCACAACCGCAAGUUACAGUUAACCACCACCACCACCCACACCACUUUACCGGCAUUGGCACUGGUGGCGGCCUACAAGGCGGCAAUAAUUUCUUUUCAUAUCCAACUACACGGAGUAUCUCCCCACCAGACUCCGACGACCACCUCUGCUGUGACAACUCACCACCUCUCUCUUCCCCCACCACCACAACAACAACAGCUGGUAUGCUUGGAAUCUUUCAUAACAGCAACCACAGUAUUAGCAGUGGUAGAGGAGGCAACUCCGUGACGGCUUUGUCGGAGGAUAAUGAACGGCUACGGCGAAGCAAUAAUAUGUUGAUGUCGGAGCUGGCGCACAUGAGGAAGCUUUACAAUGAUAUAAUCUAUUUCGUACAAAACCAUGUGAAGCCGGUGGCGCCAAGUAACUCAUACCCUUCAUCGCUUCUCCUAUCUUCAACUAAUUCAAAUAUGAAUGGUCAAUUACUAAUGCAAAAACAGCAGCAGCAACAGUCAUUUUUGAAUAUGGGUACUAAUUUUAAUGCCGCAAGUGGGUAUCCUAAUAAAUCACAACAGCUUCAUGCUUCGACCAUCAAUAACAUUGUGGAUGAUAACGUCAACGUUAGUAGAACAAAGCUUUUUGGUGUUCCAUUGUUGUCGAAGAAGAGAUUGCAUCCAGAGUAUGGGACUAAUAAUACGAUGGUGGAGACUCAUAAAGCAAGGUUGGUACUGGAAAAUGAUGAUUUAGGGUUAAAUCUCAUGCCUCCUUCUCCCUGUUAAUUAUCUCUCUCUCUCUCUCUCUCUCUCUGCUUAGG